UAACCUAACUUUGUAAUACGGUGGUUGAUUUGUUAUGAAAAAACUAAUAAUUUCUCUUGGAAUGUUUUUAAAGUUAAUCGAUACUCCACAUCUUGUGAAAUUAUUCAUGAUUACCAAGUAUUCCUAUUGGCAUAAUCUUUAUAUUUUUUUGUGUGUUAUUAAAUCAAGUAACCUCUCAGAAGUAAGAAAUCUUUCGUUACAAUCUGAACUCUUUCACGUUCGUUUACCAUAGUGUUUGGAUUAUUUAAUAUAAAUAUUCUGGAUUAUCUAACGGUGAGUAAUUUAAGCUAUCAUUAUAUUAAAUUAAACAUUAUAUUAUCCCUAUAUAGGAAUAAUUUGAGCAUUCACAAAUCUGCAAUAAAUCUUAUGUCGUACUUAUUAUGUAAAUUUUAACGAAAGCUUAUUUUCAUUAAACUCACUACACAAAUGUACUAAACCUAUUUUUUCAAACACUGUCUUCAAUAUAUUAUCUAUAUAUGAAAAGAAUAAAAUUUUACUUUGCUACAAGUAUAUACUGAUAUAUAAUAUUUUAUUUAUUUUCUAUUGCAUGUGUUGUCAUAAAUGUCUUUGAAUAUUUUUUGUUGGAAAUUGAAUAUUCACAUAUCUUGAGUAUUUGGGAUUGAGUUAAGACUUCAGUUACAUCCUCAAUCUAUUGUUUCUUUGCAUGAAAUCUCAGAUAAUUUGAACUAUUUAUUUUAAGUGUAGAUCAUUUAAAACUAUGUCCCAUUUAAUUUUAAUGAAGUCGGAUUAAUUGAGAUAUAUACAUCCCUCCUUACCGAUUCAGUACCAACUUUUGUUUUACGGAAUUAACUCAGUUCAGUUAUUUGACAAAUGAAUAAAAAGUUUGAAUGUAUAUUAACUUAUUUUUUUAUUAGUGCCUAGUGAUUAACAUCGUGAUUAAGAUUUGCGAAUUUAUUUUUAUUUUACUUUCUUAUUGACAAGUGCAUUUUGGAUUAGAAUACAAUAAACUGAUUGAAUUUCUCAGUUUAUCAUUCUAUUUGACCCACCAUUUCAAAGUUAGAACAGGUAAGCUGAUAUUAUCAGCUCAAUUUGGAAAAAAUCAGAUAAUUUGCAAAAGAAAAGCUAUAUAUAUAUAUAUCUAAAACAAUGCCAAAAAAUGCCACAGAUGUUAGGAUAGGCAUAUAUAUACAACUUUUAAUUGCGCAAAUAUUUGGUUGUUUGACAAAAGUCUAUAUAUCAAAUGGGAAUGUGCAUACAGCUCAGCUGAUAGUUGUUCGAUUAAAAAAUCAUGAAAACACAUCAACUGCCUUCUCAUUAUUUAGCCAUCUGUUCAGUUCUUUAUUCAUGUGGCUUCUCAUGAGACCACAAUUGGGCUCUGAUACUAGAUAUGCUGCAGUCGUCCCUUUUUUGAUAAGCCUGUUUCCUCUUUGCGUGAUAUAGCCUGUUGGCCUGGUAGCAAAAUUAGGAUAACUUUGUUUUUGGUAGCUAAUGCUUUUAGGCUUUGUUUGCACUCUUGGAUAUGCACUUAAUAGCUUUCAGGACAUUCAAGAUCGCUUGACUAUCGCCCCUGUAUGUUAAGUCAUUUAAGAAAUAUUUAGACGUUAAUCUAAAUAAAAUAUAGUAGAAAUUAUGUCAAGAAGUUCUCUCAAGAUGGGUUAAACAAGACUUAUGUGUGGACCAAUCAUAAAAAUGAUUUAAUUGAUACUUCUUUCAGUAAUUCAGUGAAAGUCGAAAAAAUUAUCAGGACAAUUCUUCAAAGUACCAUGGAACUCCAUUUAUUAAUCUGUUGCCGAAAAUAGGAUGAACAGAGUGUCUUCAUUUUCUUUUCCUCUUUUCAUCUUCCAAAUAAAGUAAAGCACUGGCCAGAGCUCUUCAAUUAAUCAUUUUAUAUUAUUAAUAAGGAAUGAGGGUUGAUCGAGAUCUCAUCGAAUAUUAAUUGUCUUUAACGCACUUUACACAAGUAAAUAGAUAGUUCAGUUGAGGUAAAAUCGUUGAUACGGUCAAUUUCGACUCAAAAUUUGAGUCGCCAUGAUGUAAAGACUACAAGGUGUGUUCUUACCUAAGACCAAUUUACGACCUCUACUGCGCAGUCCCACUUUCCGCCAUAUAGGCUGUCACCAGCUAACUGAUUUAUAUUUAUUUACAUUGAGUGUAUAGAGUAGAUAUUGAAAUUAAAAUGUCUUCUUGUUCUGUACCUUCAUCCACAAAUAACAAUAAGAAUGGUAGUAGUAAAGAUAUUUAUUGUUUGAAUAAUGAGAAUGUGCACAUCAUCAUUUUAAAAAAGUUGCUAUGUGCAAAAGCCCGAGCACUUGAUUGUUAGUGGAGAUUCAAAUGUCUAUGUGCUAUCCAAAGAUGCAGUACCAACUGACAAUCUAUCUACCAGUGAAAAUUCAACAUGAUAGUAAAAAAAAUAGCAGAAAUGCUGUGUCACUAUAAAAUAUUUGUAAGUAGCUCCAUAAUUACAAUUUGUUUUAUUAAUAAAUUGUUAAAAAACACACAAUACAUUUUACUUAUUAUCUAAUUCUCCUUGUUAAAAUUCGUUACAUGGCAAAAAGUUUUGCAAUGUAUUUGAAAUUAUUGAUUUCACAUUAAUUUGAGAAUUGUUUUUAUUAAAAUAACUUUCAACCAAGCCCAAUUUACCAUAUGCAGGAAUUAAUUUUUGAUAUUUUUGUAUCACAAUCGUUGCUCAACGUUUAGUUCAUAACAAACUUAAAACGAAAAGAUUCAAAUUCCCGCAUUGAAUUGAUUGGCCAGAAGAACAAUAUGGCCGAUAGUGGGAAAGCCUCUCAUUGGCUGUGGCUAUCCGGCUGCGCAAGAACACACCUUGUAGUCUUUACAUCAUGAUUUGAGUCAAUGGAAAGGUGUAUGUAUACGCUUAGGCUCACUUAUGUACUACACUUUCAGGUAAGGAUACCUAUAACUACAACCUCACACUUUUAUGCCUCAAAUUAUGAACAUUGUUGAAAAUCUCAUACUUGAACUUGAUAUAACAUUUAAUACCAUUUAACAACUAGAAAAAAAGUACAAUCUGGCAACAAUGUAAAAUAUUAUGUUAUGUCUUUCCUCUUAUCAUGAUAGUUAUUCAUGUUAUUAUUCGAAAUGGAUUGAAAACAGCAUACAAUGCAAUAUUUUAUUCAUAAACAUAGUCAUUCAGAAACAGGAAUAAAAUGAUGUGAUAUUCUGCUUUGACAGUGAUUUUACGUUCUUAUAGGUUCUCCUGGUACUUAUAUCUCGUUUCAAGAAAGAGAAUUAUGUUAGUAAAUACUAAAAAUAAAAAAGUGAAAUGUGAUUAAUUCAAUAUUAUAUUUCUCAUUAUUCAACUAUUAAUUAGGUUAGAGUAAUUGUAUUCUCUAUUAUUUAAUACAGUUGUAAUUUGUAUGGUUCAUAAAUGUGGAUAAUAUUUCAUUUAUAAGGUAAUUGUGGAUAAAUCAUUUACUAAAGAAUCUUCAGAAGUUUAAUAGAAAAUUACUUAAGAAACAGGGAAAAAGAAGAGAAAGUGGAUUUCGUGCACAGAUUUAUACAGACUCAAAAUUAACAAUGAAUAGCAGAAAAUAUGGUACAGAAUUUUCUUGAAAAAAAAGCUCAAGGAUCUUGGUUUUUUAUUAGUAAACAAUUUGAAGAAAAUCCAUAAAAUAGAAAUCAAAUUGAAUAAUAGAAGUUUUUACAGAUUGUCAUUUGAUCAGGAUCAAGCUAAUUAGUGUGAAAUCCAAUAAAUAGCUGGAUGCCUGAUGUAAUAAGAGACCAUUGUAAUGAAGAUAGGUACAUGGAUUUCACAGUUGUAGUUUUUUGUAUAUAAUAAUCUAAUUAUUUUUUGUUUUGUGUAUUUAAUAUUCUAGAAGAGAAGGGGAGAUUAGGAAGUGUUAGUUUCAAAUACUAUAUUGUGUAUGAUAGAUAUCGAAAAAAGCAAGAAAUAUAUGGAUAAAGCCCAACAAGGACAUUUAGAAAUAUUGAUUAAUGAAAUUUUAAUUUUGCAAAGAAUGGUUGAUACCUAUUACUUAAUUUGACAAAGAUUUUUUAUUAAAAAAAUGAAUAAUAUAUAUCUGUCACUUUUUGUCAUUUUUUUAUAAUCGAAAAUUAUGUUGUGAUCAUAUCACUUUUAUUAUCAAUGUUGAACUACCGGCGCAUUGACGGUAUGCAUAGUAUCCAGCUAACGCUCCACUUCAAGAAUUAAAUAUUUCAACUGUAUUAAUAUAUUAAUUUCAAGAGAAAAAGUUGCAAACCUGAUGAAUACAUAUCGCAGUAAUUUUUCAAAAUUUUUGUAAUGAAUAUAGAUAAUUCUGGAAUGAGUAAAUAUUUGAGGUAAAUUAUUUUUAUAUAAAAAUACGACAUCUAGUUAUUGUUCUCACUUGUCAUCUGUCAAAUCCUCUAUUUCCAUUUUAUGAAAAGUGUUGAUUAUACAUAGCAUCGUUUUGAAUAGAGAAAAUUAAAGAGACAUUAGGUAUUAUCAAAAGGCAUAGUUGGGAAUUCACGACCCAAACAAGCGAGGUGCAUGACUUUGUUGCGAUAUGAGCUUAACUGUUACAGCUCUACAAAAUUUUCAUCCAAUAGGCAUCGAAAACUUCAACCAUUUAGAGAAACGUGACUGGCUAUUGAGAUUUCAUGUAACUUUGGAUCAAUACCUAAAAUUAUCCAAAUAAAUAAUUAACAUCAUCGUAUUGCCUACUAGUCUACUGCUACUAAAAUAUUUCCAAUAUGAGUGUCAAUGUUAAUAGAAACGUCAGCGAUGUCUUCUAUCGCUAUAAAAUGCCACGAAUCGUGGCCAAAGUUGAAGGCAAAGGGAAUGGUAUCAAAACCGUCAUAGUUAAUAUGCCUGAGAUUGCUAAAGCUUUAGGAAGACCUCCAACGUAUCCAACUAAAUACUUCGGCUGCGAAUUGGGCGCUCAAACUCAAUUCGAUUUCAAAAACGAACGCUUCAUCAUAAAUGGUUCUCAUGACGCUUCCAAACUCCAAGAUCUUCUUGAUGGGUUUAUACGCAAAUUCGUUUUGUGUCCGGAGUGCGACAAUCCCGAAACUGAUUUGUUGGUGUCUUUAAAAAGAAAUACAAUAUCCCAGAGCUGCAAGGCUUGCGGUUACCAUGGUGUAUUGAAAUCGAGUCAUAAAUUGAUGACAUUUAUAUUAAAGAAUCCACCGAAUUCUGAACGUGCAAUUCAAAGCUCAUCUACGAAUGAUGGAAAACGUUCUAAACGGAGCAAACGUAAUGGGGAAUCCAAUGGAAAUGUCAAUCAAGAAAAUCAAGGAGAUAUGACACUUGAAUCAUCUGCUAUGGAAAAUAAUGAGGGUAGCGAAGAUGAUCAAACAGAAUGGGCAAUAGAUGUUACUGAGGAAGCUAUAAAAGCUAGAAUGCAAGAUCUCAGUGAUGGUGUUAAAAACAUGACUAUUAGCGAUGAUCUUGACAAAUCUGAGAAGGAAAGAAUGGACAUUUUCUACAAUAUGGUGAAAGCAAAACGAGACUCUCGUCUUCUAGAAAACGCGCAAACCCAAAAGGAAAUUCUGAAUGAAGCAGAGCGUCUGGAGAUUAAAACCAAAGCUCCUCUUAUUUUAGCCGAACUACUAUUUGACCAGAAUAUUCUGACACAAGCUAAAAAAUACCGGACGUUAUUUUUGCGUUUUAUAUUGAAUGAUAAGAAGGCACAGAAAUAUCUCAUUGGUGGUUUGGAACAAGUUAUUGCUUUGCAUACAGACAAAUUGAUGAGUAAAGUACCAGGCUUGUUGAAAGUAUUGUACGAUAUGGAUAUUCUUGGGGAAGAAUGCAUUAUCGAGUGGUCUGAAAAGGUAUCUAAAAAAUAUGUAGCUAGAGAAAUUAGCCAAGAAAUUCAUGAUAAGGCUGCACCAUUUGUAAAAUGGUUGAAGGAAGCUGAAUCUGAGGACUCGGAAAAUGAAGAUGAUAAUAUUGAAAUUGAGUAUAACGAUAGGGCACAAAUACAACUAACGGUUAUGUCUCAACAGAAACCAGUACUAAAACAGGCUGAGAAAGAUGAUGAUAGUCAAGAUGAUGUAGACAUCGAUGCCAUUUGAAUAUUUUUCUUAUUAGUUUGAAUGCGUGGAUUGUUUCAACUUGUAUUUUUUGUUAUUCAUUGAAGCAUUUUAUACAACGUUAUUUGUGUUCAUCAAUUUUUCAAUGAGUCAUUUUCUUGAAUAAAAUUUUCAAACUUCA